AUCCUUUGGGUCUUCAUGCAGAUAUAUCCAAGCAAUGGAAAAAGAAAACCAAACCAGUGUCUCUGAAUUUCUCCUCCUGGGCUUCUCGAGUUGGCCAGGGCAGCAAGCACUCCUUUUUGCGCUUUUCCUGUGUCUUUACUUAACAGGUCUGUUUGGAAACUUACUCAUCUUGCUGGCCAUCAGCUCAGACCAUCAUCUCCACACACCUAUGUAUUUCUUUCUUGCCAAUCUUUCCUUUGUAGACCUCUGCCUUCCUUCAGCUACAGUUCCCAAGAUACUACUGGACAUCCAAACACAGACUCAGUCCAUCUCUUAUCCUGGCUGCCUGGCUCAGAUGUAUUUCUGUAUGAUGUUUGCCAACAUGGACAAUUUCCUUCUCACAGUGAUGGCAUAUGACCGUUAUGUGGCCAUCUGUCACCCUUUGCAUUACUCCACCAUUAUGACCCAGUGCCUCUGUGCCUCUCUGGUGGCUGUACCUUGGGUCAUUGCCGUUUUGAACCCCCUCUUGCACACCCUUAUGAUGUCGCGUCUGCACUUCUGCUCUAACAAUGUCAUCCACCAUUUCUUCUGUGAUAUCAACUCUCUCCUCCCUCUAUCUUGUUCUGACACUAGUCUUAAUCAGUUCUUGGUUCUGGCUGUGGUAGGGCUGAUCUUUGUGGUACCUUCAGGGUGUAUCCUGGUGUCCUACAGCCUCAUCAUCUCUGCUGUGAUGAAAAUCCCUUCUGCCCAAGGAAAACUCAAGGCUUUCUCCACCUGCGGAUUUCACCUUGCCCUGGUCAUUCUUUUCUAUGGAGCAAUCACAGGGGUCUAUAUGAGCCCCUCAUCCAACCAUUCAACUGAAAAAGACUCGGCUGCAUCAGUGAUUUUCAUGGUGGCAGCCCCUGUGUUGAAUCCCUUCAUUUACAGUCUAAGGAACAAUGAGCUACAGGGGGCUUUAAAGAAGGCUCUAGGCCAUAGCAAAAUCUCCCAGUGA